CAGCGCCUAGGAGCCCGCACCCCGGAGCCAGCCCGCGCCCCGGGCCGCGCCCGCCAUGUCCUACCCGCAGUUCGGAUACCCCUACUCCUCCGCCCCGCAGGUACGGGACCAUGGACAGCGGCACACGGCGCAAGAACGCCACUCGGGAGACCACCAGCACGCUGAAGGCCUGGCUGCAGGAGCACCGCAAGAACCCCUACCCCACCAAGGGCGAGAAGAUCAUGCUGGCCAUCAUCACCAAGAUGACCCUCACGCAGGUCUCCACCUGGUUCGCCAACGCGCGCCGGCGCCUCAAGAAGGAGAACAAGAUGACGUGGCCACCCAGGAACAAGUGCUCAGACGAGAAGCGGCCCUAUGCGGAGGGCGAGGAGGCGGGCGAGGAGGAGGAGGCCAGAGAGGAGCCCACCAAAAGUGCCAAGAGUGAAGUGACCGGGCCUGCAGGCAAAGAGGACAAGGAGUUAGAACUCAGCGACCUGGAUGACUUCGACCCGCUCGAGGCUGAGCCCCAGGAGUGUGAGCUGAAGGCGUCCUUCUCAGCCCUGGACAGCAGCGCCCUGGAGCGUGCCCCCGCCCAGCCUGAGGGCCCCUCCCCUCUCCUGGGAGCCCCAGGCAAGGAGGCCUCGGGCACCCUCAGGAUGCCCCUGGCUGCCUCUGGAGGGGGCACUGCCCUGGACGAGGACUUGGAGAGGGCCCGGAUCUGCCUCCGGAGCUCAGUGGCUGGGCCGGAGCCGCAGCCAGGCACAGAGGGUGGCCCGCGGGCCUGCGAGGCCAAGCUGGGCUUCGCAGCCACCGGGGCAGCGACAGGCCUGGAGACCAAGCCACGCAUCUGGUCACUGGCCCACACGGCCACUGCUGCUGCGGCCAGCGCCCUGAGCCAGACUGAGUUUCCCUCGUGCAUGCUGAAGCGCCAAGGUCCUGCCGUCCCCGCGGGUGUGUCCUCGACGCCCACCGCAUCCUCGCCCGCAGUCCCGGCCCCCGCAGUGGCCCUGGACAGGCACCAGGACUCCCCAGUGACCAGCCUCAGAAACUGGGUGGACGGGGUCUUCCACGACCCCGUCCUCAGGCACAGCACUUUGAACCAAGCUUGGGCCACCACCAAGGGCGCCCUCCUAGACCCGGGGCCACUGGGACGCUCCCUGGGGGCAGGCGCAAACGUGCUGACGGCGCCCCUGGCCCGCGCCUUCCCGCCCGCUGCACCCCAGGACACCCCAGCUGCUGGCACCACUAGGGAGUUGCUGGCACUGCCCAAAGUGGGCGGCAAGCCCUUCUGCACCUGAGCCGCGGCCUGGCGGGAGGGCGGGCUCUCUCCUGAGAUUCCAGAGGAAGGCAAGGCCCGGCCAGAGGGAGGAGCCGGACUUGGUCUCCUGGGGCUUUGGGCGGAGCCCCGCCUGCGUCCACCCGCUCCCCGCCCCACCUGGUCCUAAGUCUGCUCCUCCAGCCUUCCCGAACUCCGAACCUGCCGGGGGCGGGGCGCUCAGCGUGCGGGAGCCCCAGGCAUAAAGUUUACGUCCAAAGUUUACAGCGGGAAGGCUCUGGGCGCUGGCCACAUGGUGGCUGCGCGGCGCCGCGUGCUCCUCCCGCUCCGUCCUGCCCACGGCGCUCACGACAGCCCCUCCACCUCACACUGCUGCACACUCCCGACCCGAAACAGUCGCGCUUUAACUGUUACGUGCACACCAGUGAUUGCUGCUGCCGAGAGGCCGAGAGAACAAAACCAAUAAAACCUGUGGCGGUGUUUGCGUUGCA